AUGGGAAACGCAAACAGCCAGAUGCUUGACAGCAUCGUGAGUGGCUCCAACUGUACGAACGCUCACAGCCAUUACUGCGCGCCUGGAACCUUCCAGACGAGCGCCUGGCUCUGACCACGUGCUGACCACAUGUUUCUACAGUUGACCGCGAUGAAGUCGAUCGCUUGCGCAAGCGCUUCAUGAAACUCGACAAAGUAUGCACUAUCCUUCUGGAGCCAUUUGGGGGACAAUUGUUCUAACAAAACCCUCGCAGGACAACUCCGGCACAAUCGAGCGGGAUGAGUUCCUCUCCCUUCCACAGGUCUCCUCAAAUCCCCUCGCAACACGCAUGAUCGCUAUCUUCGACGAGGAUGGCGGCGGGGACGUUGACUUCCAAGAAUUCGUCUCUGGCCUCAGCGCUUUCAGCUCCAAGGGAAAUAAGGAGGAGAAGCUGCGAUUCGCAUUCAAGGUCUACGAUAUCGACCGGGACGGAUACAUCAGCAAUGGCGAACUCUUCAUUGUGCUCAAGAUGAUGGUGGGAAGCAAUCUGAAGGACCAACAGCUACAGCAGAUUGUGGAUAAGACGAUCAUGGAAGCUGAUCUGGACCACGACGGGAAGAUCAGUUUUGAGGAGUUCACGAAGAUGGUGGAGAACACUGAUGUUUCGAUGAGUAUGACUUUGGGUGAGUUCGGUCACGCACGUCUUAUUGGCCUAUGUGGAUAUGAGGCUGACGUGUCCCAGACCAAUUCUAG